AUGGAUACAGAGACUAAAAAACUCAAAAACAAAAAACCGACACAGGCUGCGUCCUCGAAUGCGCCAAACCAACAACCAGAAAAGGCUGCGUCCCAAGAUGCGCCAAAACGACCACCACUGCCCAAGGCCGCGUCCUUCGACGCCCAAGGGCAAGCCACAAACAAAGCUGCGCCAAGCAAAGCUGCGUCCAAGGAUUUGUUGAGGAAGGCUACCGACCGGGAUGCGCCUGACCAGGCUGCGUCCAGAAACGUACCUUCCAAGGCAACCAAGGAUGCGCCGAGCAAAGCUGCGUCACAAGAUCCGACAAGGAGGACUGUCGAAUGGAAUGCGCCAACUCAGGCUGCGUCCCGUGACACACCGUCCAUGUCGGUAAAAGAUGCGGUGAAAAAGGCUGUGUCUGAGGACACGUUGAGGAAGGGCACUGAGCGGAAUGCGCCAACCCAGGCUGCGUCCCGUAAAGUGCCUCCAGCGUUGGCCUUAGAUGCGCCUCCAAAGGCAACUCCUAACCCUCCGCCAAAGACAGGCGCUGCUAUGGGGGAACCAAGGACAAGCGCACUCCGAAUGCGCCCAACAGGGCUGCGUCAGUGA